AUGGUCCUGGAGCUCGUCGACGGCACCGCAUACAGGGGCAUCAGCUUCGGUGCGCCGGGAAAGAGCAUUUCAGGAGAAUGCGUCUUCCAGACGGGCAUGGUCGGCUACGUGGAGUCGCUCACCGACCCCUCGUACGAAGGUCAAAUCCUCGUGCUCACUUUCCCGCUCGUGGGCAACUACGGUGUGCCCUCGCGCGAAGAGGCCGCCUCGUCCCUGAAUGCCCUCCUCGCCUCGCCAUUUGAGUCGAGCCGCAUCCACAUUGCCGGUCUCGUCAUUGCAUACUACAGCCACGACUUUAGCCACUUCAUGGCCAAGUCGAGUCUGGCUCAAUGGCUCAAGGAGAAUGGCGUGCCGGCCAUCUACGGCGUCGACACGCGCGCCCUGACAAAGCGAAUCCGAAGCAAGGGCAGCAUGCUCGGCAAGAUGCUCACCCGCAAGCCCAACGCGCCCAAGCUCGUUGCAGGCGUCCCCGGCGGCGCUCUGCCAGAGGGCGAGGACGAAUGGCGGUCACAGUACAUCGAUGUGUCCUUUGCCGAUCCCAACGCCCUGAACCUUGUGGCUCGGGUCUCGUCCAAGAAGCCUCAGCUGUACACGCCCCAGAACACGGCGCCAGGCGGCUUCCGCGGCGCUGCCGCUGCGCCCCUCCUCCAUCCCAGCGGCCGGCCCAUUCGUGUUCUCGCCCUCGAUGUGGGCAUGAAGUACAACCAGAUCCGCUGCUUCACCAGCCGAGGUGUCGAGCUGCGUGUCGUGCCAUGGGACCACGACUUCUUCGAUGCCAGCGUCGAGCCGGAACCGUUCGAUGGUGUCUUUAUCUCAAACGGCCCCGGUGACCCCACCAGCUGCGCUCCCACCAUCGCAAGGCUGCAGAAGCUCAUUGCGCUGCGAGGCACGAGCAUGAUGCCCAUCUUUGGUAUCUGUCUCGGCCACCAGCUCCUCGCCCUCGCCGCAGGUGCCCGCACCGAGAAGAUGAAGUUCGGCAACCGCGGUCACAACAUUCCCUGCAACGACCAGCUCUCGGGACGCUGCUACAUCACCAGCCAGAACCACGGUUUCGCAGUCGAUGGCGCUUCGCUGCCGGUAGGCUGGAAGGAGCUCUUUGUCAAUGCCAACGACGGCUCCAACGAAGGCAUCUACUGCACCGACGGACCCUUCUUCUCGGUUCAAUUCCACCCGGAGAGCACCCCCGGUCCCAGAGACACCGAGUUCCUCUUUGAUGUCUUUAUUCGCUCCGUCGUCGACUGCGCUGCCGUCAAGGGCGCCACCGCUGCACCAACUCCCCAGACGAUGUUGCCUCCUGUCAAGUUUAUCGGAGGCGACGCAGGCGAGAACGCGGCAAAGACGCCCCGCGUGCACUGCCGCAAGGUCCUCGUUCUUGGCUCUGGAGGUCUGAGCAUCGGCCAGGCCGGCGAGUUUGACUACAGCGGUAGCCAGGCCAUCAAGGCGCUUAAAGAGGAGGGCAUCUACACUGUUCUCGUCAACCCAAACAUUGCGACGAUCCAGACGUCGAGCGGUCUGGCCGACAAGGUCUACUUCCUCCCCGUCACGCCCGAGUUCGUGCUCAAGGUCGUCAAACACGAGAGGCCCGACGGCAUCUACUGCACCUUUGGCGGUCAGACGGCACUCAAUGUCGGCAUCAAGAUCAAGGACGACCUUGUUCAGAUGGGCGUCAAGAUUCUCGGCACGCCCAUCGACACCAUCAUUACCACUGAGGACAGAGACUUGUUUGCGCGUGCGAUGGAGGAGAUCGGAGAGAAGUGCGCUCCCAGCGCCAGUGCGACGACAUGGGAAGAGGCCCUCGCGGCCAGCAAGAACAUCGGCUUCCCCGUCAUUGUUCGAGCCGCCUUUGCUCUCGGUGGGCUUGGCAGUGGCUUUGCAAAGGACGAGGACGAGCUGUGGAAGCUUUGCCACGCCGCCUUUGCCAACAGUCCCCAGGUGCUCGUCGAGAAGAGCAUGAAGGGCUGGAAGGAGGUCGAGUACGAAGUGGUGCGUGACUGCAGGAACAACUGCAUCACUGUGUGCAACAUGGAGAACUUCGACCCGCUCGGCAUCCACACGGGUGACUCGAUUGUCAUUGCGCCGUCGCAGACCCUCGAUGACCACGACUACAACAUGCUCCGAACCACGGCCGUCAACGUGAUCCGGCAUCUCGGCGUCGUGGGCGAGUGCAACAUCCAGUACGCGCUCAACCCGCACACGCGCGAGUACUGCAUCAUCGAAGUCAACGCCCGUCUCUCGCGGUCGUCUGCUCUCGCAUCCAAGGCGACUGGAUACCCGCUUGCGUUCAUCGCCGCCAAGCUCGGUCUGAACAUUCCCCUCAACGAGAUCCGCAACUCAGUCACCCGCGAGACGUCGGCGUGCUUCGAACCGAGCUUGGACUACGUCGUGUGCAAGAUUCCAAGGUGGGACCUGCGCAAGUUUGUCCGCGUCAGCUCCAAGCUGGGCAGCUCGAUGAAGAGUGUGGGAGAGGUCAUGAGCAUUGGACGAACGUUUGAAGAGAGCAUCCAAAAGGCCAUUCGGGCCAUCGACUUCCAGUUCGACGGCUUCAGCGUCAACGACUACGCCGCUGUCGAGGAGAUUGACGAGGAGCUGGCCAACCCGACGGACAAGCGCAUGUUUGCGAUUGCUAAUGCCCUGAACCUGGGCUACACCGUCGACCAGAUCCACGCCGCCUCUUCCAUCGACCGAUGGUUCCUCCGCAAGCUUGCGGGCAUCAACGAUGCAGCAAAGGUGUUCUCAAAGUUCAACGCCUCGGAGCUGCCGCCGAGCAUGCUCAGGCAGGCCAAGCAGCUCGGUUUCAGCGACAGGCAGCUUGCCAAGUGCCUUGGCAGCACCGAGCUCGCCGUCAGACGGCUGCGCCAGGAGCACGCCAUCAUGCCGUUUGUCAAGCAGAUCGACACCGUCGCCGCCGAGUUCCCUGCCUUCACCAACUACCUCUACACGACGUACAACGCCGUCGAGCACGACGUCAAGUUCGAGGACAAGGGUGUCAUGGUGCUGGGCUCGGGUGUGUACAGGAUCGGAUCAUCGGUCGAGUUCGACUGGUGCGCCGUCCGCGCUAUUCGCACGCUGCGCCAGCAAGGCUUCAAGACGGUCAUGGUCAAUUACAAUCCCGAGACGGUGUCGACGGACUACGACGAGGCGGAUCGCCUCUACUUUGAGAACAUCUCCCUCGAGACGGUCCUCGACAUCUACGACACGGAGCGGUCGUCGGGCGUCAUCAUCUCCAUGGGUGGACAGACGCCCAACAACAUCGCCCUGCCGCUGCACCGUCAGAACGUCAAGAUCCUUGGCACGUCGCCCGAGAUGAUUGACAUGGCCGAGAACCGGUACAAGUUCUCGCGGAUGCUCGACAAGAUUGGCGUUGACCAGCCUUUGUGGAAGGAGCUGACGAGCUUCGACGAGGCCCACGAGGCCUGCGCCAGGUUCGGCUACCCUGUCCUGGUGCGGCCCUCGUACGUGCUCAGUGGCGCGGCCAUGAAUGUCGUCUACUCGCCAGAGGACCUGAGCAGCUACCUGUCGCAGGCCACUGCCGUCAACAGGGAGCACCCCGUCGUCAUCACCAAGUACCUCGAGGGCGCCAAGGAGAUCGAGAUGGAUGCCGUGGCAAAGGACGGCAAGAUGAUGAUGCACUACGUCUCGGAGCACGUCGAGAAUGCAGGUGUGCACUCGGGAGAUGCCACCCUCAUCCUUCCCCCGCAGGACCUCGACCCCGAGACUGUGCGUAGGAUCGAAGUGGCCACUUCCAAGAUUGCCGCCUCGCUCCACGUCACGGGUCCCUUCAACAUCCAAUUCAUUGCCAAGAACAAUGAGAUCAAGGUGAUCGAAUGCAACGUCCGUGCUGCUCGUUCGUUCCCCUUCGUCUCCAAGGUGACCGGCGUCGAUGCUAUCGAGAUGGCAACGCGCGUCAUGCUCGGCCUGCCCAUCGAUCCAUACCCCAAGCUCAGCCUGCCACGCGACUACGUUGGCGUCAAGGUGCCUCAGUUCAGCUUCAGUCGACUGGCUGGUGCCGACCCGAUCCUGGGCGUCGAGAUGGCUUCGACCGGUGAAGUGGCCUGCUUUGGUCGGACAAAAUACGAGGCCUACCUCAAGGCCAUGAUUGCCUCUGGCAUCCGUCUGCCCAAGCAGAACGUUCUGCUUUCGAUCGGUAGCUUCAGCGAGAAGCAGGAACUCCUGCCCUCGGUGCGAACGCUCCACCAGCUCGGCUUCACCCUCUACGGCUCGUCUGGCUCGGCAGACUUCUACAGCGAGCAGGGUGUCCCCGUCAUUCACCUCGAGGCCCUUCCCGAGGACGACGACUGGCGCGGCGGCGAAGAGAACACAAAGGCUUCCUACUCGCUCCUGAGCCAUCUCACCCAAGGUCUCAGCUCCCUCUUCAUCUCGCUGCCCAGCAAGAACAAGUACCGCCGUCCGGUCUCGUUCACCUCGAUGGGCUACCGUGCCCGAAGGCUGGCAAUUGACAGGUCCAUUCCUCUGAUCACAAACGUCAAGAACGCCAAGUUGUUCGUCGAGGCCUUGGCUCGGCACCGCAAGCUUGGGUCGACGUUUGAGAUCUCGCCGGUCGACUUCAAGACGAGCCACACCAUCCACACGUUCCCUGGUCUCAUCAAUGUCGGAGCAUUCGUGCCCACGCUCUCUGACAAUGUUGUCGGCGCUCGUGAGGUUGCUGAGCUCACGCAAGCCUCCCUCGCCGGCGGCUUUACGGCAGUGCAGCUGCUGCCCAUCGGUCUGCGGACGAGCAUCACCGAUGAGACAUCGCUGGCGGUUGCCGAGGCCAAGAUUCCCGGCGUGGCGCACUGCGACGUUUCGUUGUCCCUGGCGGCAACGUCGGACAACGCCGAGAAGAUCGUUGACCUCUCUGAGCGGACGCAGUCGCUGCUCGUCUCGUUCGAGACGCUGGGCAGCGACGUCGGCAAGGCCUCGGUCCUCUCUGCCCACUUUGCGAGCUGGCCCGCGUCUCGCCCGAUUGUGACGGACGCCAAGGGCAACGAUCUGGCAUCUGCGCUGCUCCUGGCCAGCCUGCACAGUCGCAGUAUCCACGUCACCGACGUUCGCCGCCGCGAGGACAUGAACCUGAUCGUGCUGAGCAAGGCCAAGGGCUUGCAGGUGACGUGCGACGUGGCCGUCUACGCGCUCUUCUUCUCGACGGAGAUGUUCCCGCAGGCCACCUGCCUGCCAUCGGACGCUGACCAACAGGCGCUCUGGGACAACCUCGAGAGCAUUGACGUCUUCUCGAUCGGAAGCACUCCGUACAAGCUCGCACUCGAGCUGGGCGAGGUUGCCUCGGCAAAGUCGGGUGUCGAAGAGACGUUGCGACUCCUCCUCGACGCCGUCAACGAGCGGAGGCUGACGCUCGAUGAUAUUGAGGCGCGGAUGUACACCAACGUGCGUGACAUCUUCAAGCUUCAAGAGCAGCCCAACACCAGCGUCGAAGUCGAGGUCGACCGACCCGCGGCAUUUGUCAAGCGUCCCUACUGGUCUCCGCUCGACUCCAGGGCGACGAUGGGUUCGGUCCACCGAGUCAUUGUGCGCGACCGGACCGUUGUUGUCGACGGCGAGGGCCUUUCGAACGGUACGCUUGGCCUCAAUGUCUCGAGCGUUUCGGGCGGUGGCGCCCCGGCCAGGACGAGGCAGCCCUCGCUCACGACGAGCGUCGGCGCGCUCCAGGCCGCCGCCAAUCGGCGUGUGUCGUUCUCGACUGAGACGCCCCGCUUUGGACCAUCCUCGGCAAUCGAGCCACCGUCGUCGCCCACCUCGAUGGCUUUGGGAGCUGUCAGGUCGCCGGUGCUGGGCGCCGCAGAGCUGUCGCAGCCUCGGCCCUCGACGAGCCUCAUGUCUGCAUUCAGCGACCUCAACGCCUCCUCGUCGACUGGUGUCGCUGCGCCCAACGGAGUCUCGGCACUGCUCUCUGCUGACCAGCAGGAGAUGCGUCUGCCCACGCUGCGCAGCAUGGCUCUUCAACACCCGACCUUCAACCGCCGUCACAUUCUCUCGGUGCGCCAGUUCAACCGUGACGACCUGCACGCCCUCUUCACCGUUGCUCAAGAGAUGAGGCACCUUGUCGAGCGACACGGCUCCGUGGACAUUCUUCGUGGCAAGGUGUUGUGCAACCUCUUUUACGAGGAGAGCACCCGGACCAGUGCCUCAUUUGAGGCAGCCAUGAUCCGCUGCGGUGGUCAGGUCGUCUCGGUCAACACUUCGAGGUCGAGCGUGGUCAAGGGUGAGACGCUGGCCGACACGGUCCGGACGCUGGGUUGCUACGGCGACGCCGUCGUGCUCCGCCACCCGGCAAAGGGCAGCGCCCAGGAGGCAGCCAAGUUCUCCCCUGUGCCCAUCCUGAAUGCUGGCGACGGCAUCGGCGAGCACCCUACGCAAGCCCUGCUGGACGUCUUUACGAUCCGAGAAGAGCUCGGCACGGUGAGCGGCCUCACCGUCGGGCUGAUCGGUGACCUCAAGCACGGCCGGACGACGCACUCGCUCGCAAGGCUCUUGUCGCUGUACGGCGUCACGCUCGUCUACAUCUCGCCUCCCUCGCUGGCCAUGCCCCGCGAAGUCAUUGAGGAGCUGUCGAAGCGCGGCAUCGCUCAGCACGAGACGUCGAGCCUGGAAGAUGCGCUCCCGCUGCUCAACGUCGCCUACUGCACCCGCAUCCAGCAGGAGCGCUUCGAGAGCGUCGAGGCGUACGAGGCCGUCAAGAACUCGUACCUCGUCAACAACGACUUGCUCUCUCGCAGGGCCAAGGACGACCUUUGCAUCCUGCACCCCUUGCCCAGAAACGCAGAGCUGGCUCAGGACGUCGACUUUGACUACCGCCGCGCCGCUUACUUCAGACAGAUGCGGUACGGUCUCUUUGUCAGGAUGGCCCUCCUCACCAUGGUGCUCUCCUCUUCGGACUAUGCGCGAUGA